AUGAAUUCCGCCUUUCGUGCCGGUCAAGUUGGUGUGGCUGGGUUGAGCCUGGGGGCUUUCUCAACCACAUUUGAUCUUAUUCAAUCAGUAAAAAGUGGGCUGAGCGUGUGGGAAAGAUUCUCGAAUCUCGACAACGAUGUUGACUUCUUCAAAACGCAGCUUCUCCUCCAGAAAGACAUCCUGGAUAGCUGGCUGAGAGACUGGUACGGGCAGCCAGCGCACCGAGUCUCCAUGGGCAAGCUUCGCAUAUUGAGGACGCAUGACAACACCAUUCAGAGCACUCUGCGGUCUGUCCAAAGUGAACUCAGCAAGCUAGAACCCAUGCACAUCCUAGGGAAGGACCGGGGACAAGCCACUGCGGGCGAGCGCAUGAAAUGGACCGCCGGGCAGAAGCACAACGCAGAAUCAACGCUAGCGAAAGUCGAGGCGCUGUUGCGCGGGCUGUACAUGAUACUGCCCUUACAAUCGCCCCACCCAGAAGCGAGCAUUCUAGCGCUUCUAUUACAAAAUGGGCCCCCCAUUCUAACCCGUAUGGCCAACGAGCUCUUAGGAGAAGGAGAGUCACUACCGCUAAUAGAACGCACCAUCGAGCUGUGCCGACUACGUCAAAAACUAGAUGAAGAUCUUGAUAAGAGAAUUGCGGAAUUUAAGAGCAGUAUCCCCGGACGAAACCUGAGCAAUGCGUCGAUUCCUACUGACCUGUUGGUCGAGGAAGGAGCAGCUGGAAGCAGAAGCUGGGGGAAGAGAGAUGGCAAGCCGGUGAUGGUCGAAUGGAAGAACUACCAACUAUCGCAGGGCCAGAGGGCUAUCCUUCUUCGUGGUCGCAACGACAAUCUAGCAAGAAUGCUUCAUGCAACACCAAAGCCGGACGAGAUGGUCACAUUGCAGUGUAUCGGGUACUUCGAUGAUGUGCAACAUAAACGAUAUGGCUUCGUCUUCGCCUCCCCUGCCGUUGAAGGCGAAGAGAUGGUAUCUCUCAACCGGUUGUUGAACAAGCCACCGCCCGAGGAGCUGCCAAGUCUGGAGCAGCGGUAUCAGGUCGCUUAUUCAUUAGGGAUGACGCUGUGGAUCCUUCUCAGUAUAGACUGGCUACACAAGGGUAUACGAAGCCACAACGUGCUAUUCGUUUCCCGAGGACACGAUAUAUGCUGGACACGGCCGUACCUCUGCGGCUUUGCAUACUCACGUCCGGAUAAGCCGGAUGAGAUAUCAGAGAAGCUCGAACAUAGCGAGCGUUUCAAUGUUUACCGACACCCACUUGCGCAAGGGCAGCCGCAAGAAAGCUACCGCAAGACUUUCGACAUCUACAAUUUUGGCGUUAUCCUCUUCGAGAUUGGGACGUGGGCAACCGCAUUUCCACUGUGGAACCACGACGCCGCCGCGUUUCGGAGAGAGCUUUGCAAGCCAAGCAACCAGAAGCGUAUUGCGCACAGGAUGGGAGUCGAUUAUCGUGAUGCAAUGAUAAAAUGUCUGGACGGCUCCUUCGAGUCUCAAGAAACCUCGGUGUCGAAAGCCUUCUUCGUGGAAGUUGUCGAGGUACUUCGUCGGCAGCUGUUGGAGUAA